AUGUCCGAAGUCACCACCGACCCGGCCCUCGUGGCCGCCUCGACGACCGACCUUGCCCAGCACCCAGACGCAUCAACCCCCAAGGAGCGACACUCUCUGACCCUCGACCAGCGCCGCGAGCUGCGCCGCUGGGCCAAUUCGCAGUCCCUCAAGCCGUCGCACAAGGCGUGCAUCGACUGGUUCUACGCCCAGUACGGCCAGCAGAUCAGCCAGUCGACCGUGUCCCACUCCCUGUCCCCCAAGUACUCGCGGCUCGACGGCGACAACCCCCAGCUGUCGGGCUCGCGCCUGCGCUUCGGCAACUGGCCCGACGUGGAGAAGCUCGUGCUCCUGUGGUAUCAGCAAGUCCAGGCGUCGGGUCGGCAGCCCACCAACGACGAGCUGGGCGAGAAGGCCAAGUCCAUCUUCAGCCAGCUCCCUCGGUACCGGGACGAGCACGCGCCGGAAUUCUCCCCGGGCUGGAUCCACCGCUUCAAGAAGCGCUACGGGCUCCUUGUGCGGCGCCAGCGAAGACUGGGCGAUGGCGGCAUCAACCCUGCCGAGGACAUUGAUUACCUGGCCGACUGCGUCCCUCGCGUCAUGGCCGUCGCCCCCGACACGAGCCCGGCCGCCAUCAGGGAGCAGAUCCUCCGCGUUGUCGGCGUCGAAGCCAGCCUGAGCACCUGCGCCCUGGUGCGCGACGAGGUCAUCAGGCGGGUGGACGCUCCGCGCCAAUCUCCGCUGCCGCAACAUGCCCUGCCACCACCCGCCCCAGAGGCCCCGGCCAUCCCCCUCGCUCAGCCAGAGCAGCCAAUGUACGCCGACGACGAUCCCGAAGUGGUGCUGCAAAACGCGCUGCGCCAGCUGCAGCAGGAGGAGCAGGCCGCCGAGGAGCAGGCCGCGGCUGUGCGGGAGGAGAGAGAGCGUGCUGAGCGAGCAGGCUUCCAAGCAGCCGCUGGGGUGGUGACCAGUCCGGAAGAGCGGGCAUCUUCAGUUCCGAGAUACGCAACCCCUGGCCACGAUCUCAGCCACGACCUCACUCUUACACCGAUUCAUUCGGACGCCCCCGUAUCGUCCAACGAGAAGCCGAUACGCUGCCCUUUCUGCUUGAAUCAGCGUAUGCUCCGCACCAUCAAGGAAGCCGUGGAGCACAUGUCUACCCAUGUUGUAGUUUGA